AUGGAUACACCGGCCAUUCCGGCGCCGCGGGACGCACAGGAGCGUGAGAUCCUCGCCAACCUCGAGUCCAUUCGGGACCGCCUGCUGCUCCUCAAACAGGAUCGCACCAAGUACAUCCGCAGCCAGGAUGUGCUCGCGGUGCACAACGAGACGAUCGAGCAGGUGCGAAGGUUGCGCGAAGUGCGCGCAGGCCGCAACGACGGCGAGAACCGACUGGACCGGGUGCUCGAGAGCUGCUUCCAGCUGCUUUCGCUCUUCUUCAUGACCAUCGGCCGCACCAGCGAGGCCCCGGCAGCCUAUGCGCUGACGUCCACCAUCCGCCGUCUACUCGACCACCUGACCGAGGCGAACCUGUACUCAGCCAAGGACCUGGAAAGCAUCACGCACACGCUCGAGCGGCUCUCGUCGAUUGUCCACAACCCCGACUCGAAUAGCUCUCCGUACCUCACCGAGCUGAUGGUCCACCGGGUGGACCAGUGCAAAGAGUCCAUCAAGAACCUGCAGGAGAAGUUGGAGAAGCUGGAGAAACCGCUGCCGGCAGUCCACGAAAAGCUCAUAUCCAUUCUGCGGUCCAUGUCCCUUGCCAACACAAAAGCUCGGUUCCCCGCACACGAAGUGCAAAAGUACAAGUCGCAGCUCAAGGAAAUCGACGAGCACCGCAUAAAUGGCGACUAUGCAAACGACGAAGGCAAAGUGCCCUCGGGUAUCGAAGAAGUCUCACAGCUGCUCAGCAGAUGUCUGCUUUGGGCGGAUGUUGUCCUGGAGCGCAAGGGUGUCAUCCCGGACGAGUUCAAGCCAAUGUACGAGACGCUUGUCGGCAUUCGCAACGAGCUCGAGAAGUUGUCCAUUACACAGGCCUGGUCGCUGCGCGAGACAGACCUGUACGACUUCCAGCGCCAGCUGGACAAGUUUGACGAGGCGCGCGUGGACGGCAACUGGGUUGACGAGGAAGGAAAGCCGGCCGAGCUUUACGUUCAAAGGACAUGUCUUUAUCUUAUCCGUCGCAGCUACGGCUUGGUGUACUCGCUGAUGAUUUCGUCGGAGCCGGUCUCGGAAGCUCUUUUGCCGGUAUACAACCAGCUGCUGACGCUCAAGCGCUGCCUGAUUGAGGUCAAGGAGUCCGGGGGUGUCUCGUCUCCACGGGAGCUGUACCCUUACAGCAUGAAGCUCAAUUCCAUCGACAACAUGCGUGUGGACGGAAAGUUCAUGGUCGGCGGCGACAUCCCCGAAGGCCAGGGCAACGUCACGGAGCUUCUGGCAGAGUGCUUUGAGCUCAACUACGAGCUCAGGAUAGCCGCCGAAGACAAGGCUACCGAAGACAACGACUAG